CCACAGACAAAGCUCAAGGAAGGAUGACCCCUGCCUCAGGAAGUUUUGAAUCAGUUACUAUUUAUAACCAGUAUAGUCUGACUUGAGAUCAGGUCUUUGCUCACUUGAUAAGAAAAGUUCUUUGCCACAUUGUACAUUUGAGGAAACAUUUAUGAGCCUAAAUGAGUGAAGCCUGUAUGUGAAAGAAAGGAGUGUGUCAGUGGCUGAACAUUCAAGAUAAAGUUGUAGCCAUUUUCAACAAGGACCAGUGAUCAAAAUCCUUCUUUUUAAAAAGAGACUUCCAAGUUAAACAUGAAAGGAAAAUACUAGAAUUGCUUGGAUUCUAACUGACAGGAUAAAGAAUACAGUAUUUCACGGUUACUUAUGAUGGAACCUCAGUAGAAUUCACACUUUGUCAUGCACCCAACUGGGAACAUGGAUGCCGGUUUUUCUCGUUCUGCUCUUCAGACCCUGUCAAGAAGCCACUGCAAAAAUAUCAAACAAAAAAUUUCUCAGUGGGAAGGAAGAACGAAUGGUAUAUCUAACCCAGAAAGGUGGCAUCCAAAGGACUUUGGAGUGAGGUAUAAUAACUGUCAUCAAGAGAUUCUUGAGAAAAAUCCUGUUGCUGAGGGAAAGAGCAAAAAGUUGGACGCAACCAGCUCUCAAAAUGUCGGUCUAGAUAUCAAUGCAGAUGCCAAAAGCCAGGACCAAACUGAGGGUGAAAGUGAGAAACAUGAAGAUGAUCGUACACACCCAUUUAGAAAUGAAUCAGAAUCCAGUUGGGUAUGUUCUCAGGUCAAACAGAUUGAAAGCUGGAAAGACGUUUUGGAUGCAGAGACUUCCUUACCUCCAGGAAAUUUCUAUACCUCACAGAUACUGUGGAAGAAAAUAGAGGCACUUCCCCCAGAUAAAGUCUUCAAUUUGGCUUUAGAACAUUGUGACUCUUCAGAAAAAGAACUGAAUUUCCAAGUUCCGGAUAGUUCAUAUGGAAUAACCAAGAGCUUAGAAAAUAUUUACUCUGAACCCGAGGGACAGGAAUGUGGACCUUCUAUAAAUCCUUUGCCCAAGCCUCGUAGGACGUUCAGAUAUUUAUCUGAGUCUGGUGUUGUGCCAUGUAAAGAAAGAAACUGUGACAGAAAAUACUGUGAAAAUAAUUCUUGUGCAGAGUCUUCUUUGGCAUCUUCUCAGGAACCCGAACCAAAGAAAUAUGGCAGACAAAUCAGAGGGAGAUCUAAAAGGAAAUCCUUUGAAUUUGAGGAUAUUCAGCACUUUCGAAAUCGGAACUCACAGAAGAUUCAUGAAGAACUUGGAAGAAAUUCUGGCUCAGCACUUUAUUAUACACAGUCUGAGGACAAUAUCUAUGAGGAUAUCAUAUAUCCCUCCAAAGAAAAUCCAUAUGAAGAUAUUCCAAUACAGCCUUUGCCCAUGUGGAGAUCCCCUUCGGCCUGGAAACUACCGCCCCCUAAAAGUGCUUUCAGAGCACCAAAGCUUCCUCCCAAACCUCAGUUCCUGCACCGGAAGACUAUGGAACUGAAGACCUCCCAAGCUUUUUUACGGUCAAAGCUCACAAAGGAUACCACUUUGCCUGUCACUUUAACGGAAUGGAAGCUUUUCCGAGCUGGAGAAGUUGCAAACAGGAAAAGGAAAAAUCUUCCAAGGCUCGUAUUGAAAAUUGCUGAUAUAUUUGAGUCUAAGAGAGGGAAAAAGAGGGUAAAGUUACACCCAUACACUGGAAAAGACGUACCUCCCUCAAAAGGUGAAACCAGUGGGAACGAAAGUGAUGCGGAGUAUCUGCCAAAGAACCGCCACAAGCGCUUAGCCCAGCUCCAGCAGUCUUCCAAGAGGAAUCCUCACUACCAGACCUUAGAGAGGGAUCUUAUUGAAUUACAGGAGCAGCAGCUCUUUGAACUCUUUGUGGUGGUGUCCCUCCAGAAGAAGCCAUCGGAAAUAAGCUACAUUCCCCAGGUCAUACAGCAGUUCCCUGGCAAGGGUGAUCAUGGCUUUAAGCAGUCCAAAGACACUGAAGAGAGGCUCAAAGUUAUCCCCAAGUUUUGUUUUCCUGACUCAAAAGACUGGGUGCCAACCUCAGAACUCAAGAGUGAAACAUUCUCCUUUGUCUUAACUGGUGAAGAUGGGAGCCGCUGGUUUGGUUACUGUAAGAAGCUCUUGCCAGAAGGCAAAGGGAAGCGACUCCCUGAGGUGUACUGCAUGGUUAGCCGCCUGGGCUGCUUCAACCUUUUUUCCAAGAUUCUGGAUGAAGUGGAGAAGAGAAGGGAAAUGUCUCCAGCCCUGGUUUACCCAUUCAUGCGAAGUGUCAUGGAAGCUCCCUUCCCAGCUCCUGGACGCACCAUCACAGUUAAGAGCUACCUCCCUGGGGCUGGCGAUGGGUCUAUUGAACUCUGCCGACCACUGGAUUCCCGACUAGAACAUGUUGACUUUGAAUGUCUCUUUAAGUGCCUGAGUGUGUGCAAUCUCAUCCGGGUCUGUGCCUCCCUCCUUUUGGAACGGAGGGUAAUCUUUGUUGCCAACAGCCUAAGCACCCUGUCAAAAUGUGGCCAUGCUGUGGUUGCCACACUGUAUCCGUUCACCUGGCAGCAUACCUACAUCCCGGUCCUACCAGCAUCUAUGAUCGACAUCGUGUGCUCACCCACUCCGUUCCUUAUUGGAAUCCUGUCUUGCUCCUUACCGCAGCUCCAGGACCUCCCCAUUGAAGAGGUGCUGAUAGUUGAUCUCUGUGCAGACAAGUUCUUACAGGAGGUAUCUGAUGAGGGUGAAAUUCUACCUCCUAAACUCCAAGCUGCCUUGAUGCAGAUUUUGGAAGAACGAAAUGAAAUCUUGGCUCAGGAGCAGAAUUUUUCACAAGCAGACGUGACACUCAACUCUCUGGUGUCCGAGGCAUUUGUGAGGUUUUUCGUGGAGCUGGUGGGACAUUAUUCUUUGAGCAUGACUGUCACUGAGCGUGGGGAGCGUGUAUUCCAAAGGGAACCAUUCCGUAAAUCCCACACCUCCCGAAGUGUACGCCACUUCCUGGAUCUCUUCAUGGAAACUCAGAUGUUUGCAGGCUUCAUCCAGGACCGAGAGCUUCGGAAAAGUGGGGUGAAAGGUUUGUUUGAGGUCCGGGCCCUCCAGUAUUUGGAAACAAUUCCAGAGUCUGAGCCCAGUGGGAUGAAUAGAAUUUUGCGGAGUCUUGGAAGUAAAAUGAAAUUUCUGCAGAAGAAAUGAAAUCUUUGAUAGACUGUCUUCAUCCUAAAUAGAACAGAAAGUGCCAAAGAAAAUAUUUUUCCAAGAGUCAGGAGGCCCUGGAGUAGCCUACAAAAUCCUGGAAAAGUUGAAAAGGUUACAAAGCAGGCCAGGUCCUUGGAGGAUUCUCCUGCUGCUGCUGUAGUAAUCACUGGAGAGUUGUCGAGAGUAGUCUGGAACCAAUGUUCUAAUUACUCUGCCUCCAUUCCCCACCCCCAACCCCCCCCAGUAGCCUUUUCUAUUGAAUUCUUAGGCUCAUUCUUUGUGUUAUGUGCUUAGUCUGUGAAGGCAUUUGUCUUUUACUAGGGAAGGAUUUGGUGUUGCAUUUUUAAAAACUGCUCAAAGAGGAGGGGCACCUGGCUCAAAAAAAUAAACAGCUCAAAGAUGAGCACAAUAAAAGAAAUUCUGAGUUUCAGGUACUGGGGAACAUGAUGGAAGUGCAGAAUAUGCCCUACACACGUUAAUUCUCAUCGCUGAAAUAUCAUGGCAGCUUUAAACCUAUGGGCUGUUUGAGCUGAGGCAAGGAAUAUGCUCAUUUCUGUACCUCCAGCCUGACGUUCUGUUGAGGGGAUCGCACUUCCGUGGAAGCCCUAUUUAUUAACACUGUUAUUGAGGAUCUCAUACAAGUAGAUACCUUGCGGCUCCUCCACAUUGUGUGGCAUGUGAGUAGCCUGUCAACAUUAAACUUUGUAGAAUUGGAACAGGAAAACAUCCUUGCAAGGGCAUGAGACUAUCCCUCCCCCCUUUUUUAGUGUCUUUGUGUGCCAUGCAUGAUGGUACCUGUAUGUCAUCUUAUUCAGUCUUCAAGUCAACUUCAUGAGAUACUUGCAUCUCGCAUUUUACUAAUGAAGAAACUGGAAUUCAAAGAGGUUGACUAACUUGCCCAGAGUUCUGCAGCAGAGCCAGAACUGAAGCCAGGACUAUUCAUUUGUGAACACAGAGAAAGUUGAUUAGUCCUGCAGAUGGAAAUUUGAGCUCUGUGGGACCACAGCUAUCAAAAAAGUUUUCUUUGAAGCUCGAAGCCAACUCUCAGCUCUGAGAAGGGACUUCAAACUAUAGGUGCCUAAAGGAGACUCAUUUUUGGUUCCCCUACAAUUGUUGGACUUUUUGCCCUAAUUAAAUUGGACUCAAGACUGAACAUUUCCUGGACAUUCACCACAUAAUCACCCCGACUCUUAAUAUCUAAAAUCGUAGUAGGGAUUUAUCAGUGAUGGUGUGGUUUCAGUGAUAAAUGUUAUAGAUGUCCAUUUGUUUUUCUUCAAUUCCUGCUGAUGGGUUUAACUGGCAUAAAAAUAUUUAUUCCAACUUAACCAAACCUUACAAGUUGUAUUAUGAUGCAGUUUAUUGACUUGCACAGUAUUGUCAUUACAACCCAUUCAGGUGCGCAUGAAUGAAUCUGAAGCAGAUACCAUUUAAGGCUGGUGCUAUAUAAUUCUUAUGGGCCUAAAAAAUAGAACUGAGCCUGUAUCUUUUGUAAAAUGUUUAUUAAGCAGCUAACCCCAGUGGGGAUCUUAGCAGACAUCUCUCCAUUUGCCACCCCAACCCUGAAGGAAAAUCAGUAAUUGGGAAUUGUUUAUAAAAUAGGGGUAGGAGGUAUUACAGUGGUGAACACUGACCGUCCCUCUGUGAGGAGACCUUUGUAUCAGGGAUUGAGGUCUUAUUUUAUCCCUGUGACCUGAAGCUACUUCCUUUUCUUAGGUCUGUUUUAUUUUGUUUUUGUAAAGUAUAACGAAUUCUGGACAUAUUUGUAAAAAGAGUUGCUCAAGAUUUGUAUAAAAUGUUGUUUAUAGAUCUUUUAAUGAAUAAACAAAAAUUCCAUGGAUCUCUAGAAUUUUAAAUAAAAUUGCUUAAGAUGUAAA